GAUUGUGCAGUAGAAAAAACAAUGGUGUGAUUCCAGAUUUUUAUUUAUACCAUCAAACAAGAGCUCGAUCCUGCAAUAACUUUCCAAAAUCUUCCCGAAGACUGUUACAACUUAGAUUUAUAUACUUUUUGUUAGUUUAGAGAAUGUUUGGGGUAGUCACUAGAGGAUGCCAACUGUGAGAGAGAAUAAAAGACGGAUAUAGUUAUUUAUUUAUUAAAUAAUAAUUAAUUGAUAGUCUGUAAUUCCUUAUUAUUUUUUAGUAAUCCAUUAUAUCCUGUCCUGAGGAAAUUGAGGUUUGAGAGAUGUAUCUAUCGAAUUAUUCUAAAUAAGGGAGUCGCGAUUGUAAUGAAGUUGACGAGUUCUAUUUAUUCGUAUUUAAUCUUUAGUUGAGAGUAGGCUUUUAGUGGCAAUUUUAAGACUACACGAUCAUAAUGAAUUACGAACGCAGUAGAAGAGACUGACGUCUUGUUUAUAGUCAUUUGAUGGAUAAUUAUGGACAAUAUGGCGUCGAAUGUGUCAGUAAGAAGCACCAAACAAAGGAAGGACAAUCUUAUUACGAGGAAACAGGACAAGAGUCCAGAGAAGACUAUCAGAGGGACUAGGGGUGCUUAUAGGGGCAUCCCUUCGACCUCAAAGAAGGAUGAGGAGACGGAUACAGGGUCUACGGAAAGGCUGGAUCGACCAAAGAAGUUCAUCUCGCAGAACAAGAGUGGCUAUGGACUUGGAAAACGCCCCGAUUUUUCGCUGAAGAACCGGAACGUGCAUCUAGCUUCGUCACGGUAUGGUCAGAUGACAUCGGGCCUGCAUGGGCAUGGGCACCAGAUCUCGCAGCCAGCUCACCACUUGGAGUCCACGGUGCUACCAGCUAAGGAGAAGACUGUUCAUGGCAAGGAGAAGACUUUCAAAGUGGUGAUGGGCGGCGAGGUGGGCGUGAUGAAGGCGCCGGUGCUGGGCCCGCGGCCGUACAAUGCGCUCGCCAUCAUACACACGCAGCAGAGCAACACCUUCGACAUGCUCAACUCACUCACGACCAGCGUGGCGAGUCAGCCCGUGGUGGGAGUGGGAGUGGGAGUGGGCGGGUAUCGGCGGCGCAGCUCUGGGCAGGGCGCGCUGUGCGAUCCCGAGCUAGACGACAGCGGCAAUAAACUCGUCGCGCGACUUGAGGACGAUGCCUUCAUAUCCGAACAGGAUCUGGAAGAAAAUAUUGAAAUUGCGACAGCGACUGAAAAGGGGCUACCACAUGCAGAUGAUACAGGAGGGGAGCAGCCGCAAGAACAGCAAAACGGUUUGGUGUAUGGUCCCAUAUAUGACAAACUGGAGCUGGAGAAGGAUAAACAGAAGCAGGAUAAAGAAGAUGAAGAAGAACCAAUUGGUGUAUCGCCUUGUGGAAGAUUCUUUAAGUAUGACAAGGAAGUGGGUCGAGGCUCAUUCAAAACAGUAUACCAUGGGCUAGACACACAAACUGGGGUUGCUGUUGCGUGGUGCGAGUUGUUGGAGAAAAAGCUGAACAAAACCGAACGUCUCCGGUUCCGCGAAGAGGCCGACAUGCUGAAAAAGCUCCAGCAUCCCAACAUCGUGCGCUUCUAUAACUACUGGGAGGGCACCGUCGCCAAGAAGAAGAACAUUGUAUUGAUCACCGAGCUCAUGCUCUCCGGGACACUUAAAGCUUACCUGCGGAGAUUCAAGAGGAUCAAUCCGAAGGUCCUCAAGUCAUGGUGCCGACAGAUCCUGAAAGGGUUGAAUUUUUUGCAUUCUAGGACACCGCCAAUUAUUCACAGAGAUCUUAAAUGCGAUAAUAUCUUCAUAACUGGCACCACGGGAAGCGUGAAAAUCGGAGAUCUCGGUCUUGCUACAUUGAAGAACAGGAGUUUCGCCAAGUCCGUCAUUGGCACGCCGGAGUUCAUGGCGCCGGAGAUGUACGAGGAGCACUACGACGAGUCGGUGGACGUGUACGCGUUCGGCAUGUGCAUGCUGGAGAUGGCCACUGGCGAAUACCCGUAUAGUGAGUGCAGCGGACCCGCGCAGAUUUAUAAGAAAGUUGUUUCGGGAGUCAAACCACAAAGCUUGGAAAAAGUGACCAUUCCAGAAGUAAGAGAUAUCAUCGAGUCAUGCAUAAGGCCGAAUAAAGCUGACAGGCCAAAGGUAAAGGAUCUUCUGAACCAUGAGUUCUUCGGUGAGGACAUUGGAUUGCGGCUUGAGAUUGUUGGUCGCGAUCUCGUCACUUCUUCCGACAUUACCAAGAUACAGUUUCGGCUCAAGAUCAUCGAUCCCAAGAAGAGGUCAUACACGCACAAGGAGAACGAGGCGAUCCAGUUCGAGUUCGACAUGGAGCACGACGACUGCGAGGAGGUGGCCAACGACAUGGCCAAGGCGGGCCUCAUCAUGGAGGAGGACGCGCGCAUCGUCUUCAAGCUGCUUAAGUCUCAGCUCAUCUCGCUCAACCGAGAGAGGAGUGAGAAGAAAGCCCAAAUGCUGUUUAAUCAAGAGCUGAUCAAUGAGCAGAAUCGUCAGCAGCAGUUACUUCUCGAGCAGCAGUUGAGACAGGUGAAAAUGAUCCAAAAUCAACAGCAAGCAGGUCCUGUAGAUCAAGUGAAAGCUGGUCUGCUCAAUGGUGUGGGAUCACAGCCUGGGCUAGCAACCGUGCAGCUAGACCAACAGUCACAACUACUUCAAGCUCAACAACAUCUCCUGCAACAACAAUAUCAACAACAUAUAAGUAAUGAAGAGACUGCCAUGAAGAUCCUGCAGCAUAAUUUCAUACAGUCCAGGAUAUCGCCCUCGCUAACCCCUGACCAGCAGAUACUCCAACAACAAAAGGCCUUGCUCGAACAAAACAUCAAACAACAAGUAAUCAUGGAACAGAAUCUUUUAAAUCAACAAAUGUUGGAGCAAACAGCACAGGGUCAGUUCAUCGAAAAUCAAGCCCAGCAGAUGCUCGAGCCUGUAUCGUCACAAACUCAACUUCAAUCAAACCUUCUUAACACGCAGUUUGGUAUAAACGAAAUCAGUAACCAAAAUCAGGCGUUGCAGCAACAGAUUAUACAACAACAGCAAAACAUUAUUGCACAUCAGGCAGCGGCGAUACAACAAAAACAAUUGGAAGAGCAGCUAACGGCGCAAGAGAAUAUCAUAAGCGGCCCGCAACCAAAUCUCGCAACCGGUCAGGUCCUGGACCCAUCCUUACAGAAUUUACAGAAUAUUCUUGCGCAGAUUAUACAAAGACCUGACACGCUACAGUCGCGGAAGGACUCAGAGUCAGAACAACAGCAAGUGGUACAGCAAACACAGCAAACACAACAAACUCCUGCCUUUAGCCAGCAACCUACCACAGAGAGUAUCGACGUUCCAGCCGCCACAUCCCAACAGGAACAGGAUUCAAUACAACAGAAAAUGAAUAAUUUCUUAGGAUCUCAGAUGCAACAACAAUCUAGUCAGAACAUUAAUUUUCAACAGAAUCAACAACAGUUUAUGCAGCCUCAUAUAUUAUCGGUUGACCCGGCCCUUUUAGCGCAGCAACAACAAGUAGCACAAGCGCAACAGCAAAUGGUUCAAGCCCAGCAUCAGUUGAAUAUGCAAAAGCAAAUGCUGGCACAACAACAGCUUGUCCUCCAACAACAGAUGCUAACACAACAACAGUUGCAACUGCCGGGACAGACGCUAUCGCCACAACAUUUUAGAAACACGAUCUUCCAACAACAACAGUAUUUAGCUCAGCAGGAACUGCAAAUACAGACGCAACAGAGCAUAAUAGAUCAGCAUAAUUUAGCGCUUAUGGCGCAGAAACAACAGCUAAUGGGUCAGCAGCAACAGAAGGUCGAAGAGAUAUUAAGAUCGCAACGCCCUGUGUAUCAACGGCAGAAUUCGGAACAAAGUCAGAUUAGCACAGCUGAUGUUCAUGACCAGCAGCACACAUUAGUACCAGAACAGUAUCAACAGAAACCUCCACUACAGACCCAAAUGUCUAUUGAUCAAAUGCAGUACCAGAACCCGUAUAUUGAUAUGCAAAUGCACAAGAAAGAGGAGCACUAUCAUCCUCAAAUGCAUUUGCUCCAGGGUCAGUCUCUUCCUCAUAACAUACGGGCACAGAAUUUCAAUGUAGUUCAGCAGAGUGAAAGGCAGAUAUCUAGUCAUGAAGGCACUCCGGUGCAGAAUUACUCUGUCAAUCCUCUGCAGAUGUACCAACAGCAGGGUCAGCCCGUCCAGAACAUGCAGAAUAUUCCUUAUCAGGCAGUAGAGUCUUCUGUUCCUACAUCUGUACAACAAAACCCUCCAACGGUUCAAGAAUCUGGUCCUCAGAUGUCAUUAGUUCAACAAUCUGUUCAACCUUCUGUGCAGCCGUCUGUUCAACCCUCUGUUCAGCCUUCUGUUCAACCCUCAAUUCCAUCUUCUGUUCAACCCUCAAUUCAAUCUGUUCAACCCUCUGCACAACCUCCAGUUCAACCUUCUGCACAACCUCCAGUUCAACCUGCCCAACCUCCUGUUCAACCCUCUGCCCAACCUCCUGUUCAACCUUCUGCCCAACCUCCAGUUCAACCCUCUACCCAACCUCCAGUACACUCUGCCCAACCUCCUGUACAACCCUCUACCCAAUCUACAGUUCAACCCUCUGUUCAGCCUUCAGUUCAGUCCUCUGUUCAAAACCAAGAAUCUAUACCGCAACAAUUGAACAUACAGUCCGAUCACUCGGAUAAUGGACAUCAUAGCAAUGGGGGCCAGAAGGAGCAAUUUCUGACACCUAUGACGGAGUUUCCCUCAGGGGCUACACAUCCGGAAUCGAUAAAGCCACCAGACUUGAGUUCCGUAGAUGAGAAGCAAGGGGAAACCCAACAAGAAGGUGGCACAGCAAUUCCCUCACCUAUCACAAAUGAGAAAAAAUCUCGCGGCUCCAAAAAGCGAUCUCGAGAAAAGGAUAAGCUUCCCAAACUUACUGUGUUGGAGAUCAAUGAAGCGGCAACAGUGGUGGAGUGUCAGCUCGAGUCUAAAUUCAAAACCGUCACCUUCAAAUUUGACGUCACUGAUGUCAACCCGGAGGAGAUUGCUAGUAAUCUUGUGUCGAACAACCUCCUGCCGGAGGUGCAGAGCGGCGCGUUCACGGAGCUGAUCCGCGACAUCGUGCAGCAGCUGCUCAACGAGCCGGGCGUGCUGCCCGUGCUGGGGCCCGCGCACCACGCCGCGCUGCGCCUCAACAUCGACCGGACUGACUAUGACUCAGAAACGACGGAGCGUGAAGAAAACCUGACGGACUCCAAUCAGGACAACUCGGAGUGCACGACGCCCACCGCCAGUCAGGACAGCAUCGCGCUGGCCGAGCUCGCGGACGACGAGCCUGCGCCGCCCGCCCCUGCUCCCGCCCCCGCGCCGCCCCUGGCGCCCACCGUGCCGGCGCAUGUGCCUGUUCCUGUCGAAAUAUCCUCAAGGAAGAUCAGCACUGCAUCUUCCAUAGGUUCUAAUCAAUCCGAUGGGGGAUCUAUAGCACCAGAUCGCUCAGGGAGCUCAGAGUCACAGAAUGGCGACAAAAAAACACAAAAACCCACUCGUAAAAUAUCGAGAUUUCUAGUCAGUCCCGUCGUAGACCGCGGUGAGGAAGUAUCCGAAGAGAAGACGGCCGAUGAGCCAGAGAAGCCGGUAGAGCCUAAACUCUAUUCCGAAGUCGCCAAAGAACCACGAAGACUCGACGCCCAAGUCAACGGUCUUCCGGAGCAAGAACCUCAGCCACCACCAGUACAACCUGUCUCUCAAGUCAUUCCUCAAGAAAAUUAUGUUCCUACCCAACAGUAUUCAGUAGCUUCACAGAUAACGCACGCACCUCCAACUAUGCCCGAGCAUCGGACCAUAGACACAAAACCAGAGAUUCCUAUUAGUGUGCCAAUGCCACAGAGCACUGUGCCACCGUCAACCGCCCCUAUUACUACCAAUAUACAGUCGACAAUACCGCAAGUUUUACCGUUCCAAAACAAUAUAGUCAACCCUAAUUUGCUAAGUGGAGCCCUACAAGCCAAUAUGACGAAUUUAAGUACGCCGUUACAAAUAGCAACAGAUACUCCGUUGUUAGGGUUGAGUCAAGUGGGAACUCCAUUGGGAGUGAGCGGCGAACUGGGUCUAAGCAUGGGAUUAGGUGCAGUAGGUUCAACGUUGGGUGAUCCCAUGGGGAUAACAAGGCUCCCUUUCGCGCAGCCUGCACUUACGCCCACGCCUGGACUAAGUGACACGCUCCCCAACGCUGAAAACAUACAGAGGAUGCUGUUGAAGCAAAAUAUUAUGAAUCAGCAACAGAAUCUAACUGGUCCCAACCUUCUGGGCCUCCUUAACCAGCAACAAUACCCUCAACCUGACCUCGCUCUGCACAGCAAUCUACUCACCAACGCUCAGCCAGUGGGCGGUGUGACGUCAGCGAGAUUGCCCCCGCACUACCAGCCGCAGAGGUACUACCAGCCCAUGUUGGCCACAGCAAACGACUUCAUAGUUCAACAGCAAGUACUGCAAAAUUCUGUAUCGCAACUGAGUGGGCAGGCUAUGGGUGCUGGCUUUGGGCUCGGGCUGGGACUUGGAGUUCCACUGCAAGGAGGACUAGGUACUCCUCUGCUGCAGCACCAGAAUAUGGGGCUCGCCGCACAGAGUCUUGCGCUCAAUCAGAACAUCAUGGGGCAGAAUCUUGGACAAAAUUUGGGUGUGGCGCCGCAGAGCCUAGCAGUGGGCGGGCAGAAUCUCAUGGGCGGCGCGGCGCUGGGCCUGGUGGCGCCGCACCACGCGCUGCGCCGCCCGCUCGACGUCACCACACGUUUAACGAAUAUGAACUCGACGGGCUCGACUCAGCCCAGCACGCCGAAAACUCAAUCCUACGAAUAUAUGCUGUCGCUACAGCAGAAACUGUCUGCUAUAUCUAACAGUGGUCCAGUAUCACCACAGUCUCCAAUAGAAUACAGUCCUAUGCUCUCGCCGACGCAACGUGAAAUCCACGCAAUACAACCACAUAAGGGCGACGGCAACGAAGUGCUUGGCAGUGAAGGUAGAGAGAGCGCAGAUUUGGUCGGUCCGUCCGCUGAGGCGGGACAUGCGUCGCGUCUGGCUCACUUGGACCAUGAACUAAGCAAGAUCAGCCUCCAUUACAAGCAUCCGCCAACAAAGGAUGUGUUUAUGCAACACAAUGCAGAGGAACAUGACUUGCUUUCUGACAACAUUAAUGAUGGUGCUGGCAAUACAUAUGAAGAGCUGGGCGCGGAGUGGGAGAGCGCUAGGCAACGAUACUGCGUAUCGCGAGCAGCUCCGUGCCGCGGCUACGCACUGUGCCGCCUGCUGCCCCGCACGCGAGUGCACGCGAAAGACUCGUCGCACGGGUUCGGUGAGAGCGGUCUGGACGAGGUGUCGUGUGAGCACAGCUCGUGGUGCGAGGAGGGCGGGGAGGAGACGGAGGGCGCGGAGGGUGCGGAGAGCGAGGAGGCGGGCGACACGUACGUGCUGACGGACUCUGCGCGCGCGCGCUGCUACGUGCUCACGGACGCGCUCAGCGGCCGCACGGCCACCGUGCUCGACCCCGCGCCGCUGCAGGGAGAAACGAAAAUGAGCACAGACGAAUUAGAAGACCGAGAACGCAGUUUCUUAAUUCUUGAUCCGGUGCGCGAUAUGACGUGUACAGUCAUUAGUCGUACGUUGGACUUAGAGAGAGACUCCGCUUUCGAGGACUUCGUCGAAGGCUGCUCCUCGCAGGAGAGUAUUCCAGAGGAAACAGCGGAUAGUAUAUCAGCGACAGAGGAGCUGAACAAAUGGCGGACGGUCGAAAUCGAAGGUCAGCCGUGGCGUGAGGGCGACACGUUGUCGAGCGUGGCGGGGAGCGUGGCGGGGAGCGAGGCGUGCGGCGCGCGCUACGUGGCGGGCGUGGCCAGCGGGCCGGCCGGCGCGCUGCUGGCCGACGUGCUGCUGGACGACGUGCUCACCGACAGAGUGCUGUGCCGGCAGAUGGUGUUGGUGUCGUUGCGCGCGGCGCCGCAGUUAUGACAUGUGUAGCGAUUCACCUUGUACCUUAUAAUAUUUAUUGUACCGUGUAACAUAUAUUAUAUCUAUAUCAUUACUCCUAAAUAAAAUAAUAUUCAUAUGUGAUAUCUC